AUGGUUGUCGCUACUAUCAAGUGUGUCGUGGUGGGGGACGGUGCUGUAGGAAAGACCUGUUUGCUCAUCUCCUACACAACCAACAAGUUCCCUUCGGAAUAUGUGCCCACCGUCUUUGACAACUACGCUGUGACUGUGAUGAUCGGUGAUGAACCCUAUACCCUUGGCCUCUUCGAUACCGCCGGUCAGGAGGAUUACGAUCGCCUGCGCCCGUUGUCGUACCCGCAGACUGAUGUAUUUCUGGUCUGCUUCUCCGUGACCUCACCUGCCUCAUUCGAGAACGUCCGCGAGAAAUGGUUCCCCGAAGUCCACCACCACUGCCCUGGUGUUCCCUGCUUGAUUGUCGGCACCCAGACCGAUUUGCGUGACGAUCCCAACGUUCGUGAGAAGUUGUCUCGUCAGAAGAUGCAGCCCAUCCGUAAGGAAGACGGUGACCGCAUGGCCAAGGAGCUCGGUGCCGUCAAGUACGUCGAGUGUUCUGCUCUGACGCAGUAUAAGCUGAAGGAUGUCUUUGAUGAGGCCAUCGUCGCCGCUCUCGAGCCGGCGCCCAAGAAGAAGAGCAGUCGUUGUCGCUUGCUGUAA